CGCGUUUUUUGCAAUCUGCCCGCGCAAUAUGUCUUCCAUGGACUCAGAAACCGCGACCCGCACGAUCUGCCCACACAUUGCAUAUUACGGGAGAUGUGGUGACACUACAGGAACGCACGCCCACAGCAAGCCAUGCGCAUCACGGUAUAGCCACACAAUCAUGGAUGUCGCGCGGUUGAAUGCUCUUGUGGAUGUCGCGAAUCCAUCGCGAGUCAGCCGUGAGCUUGUGCUAGAAUACAUCGCUGGAAGGGACGUCUUUGGUGUCCCUGCGUGCAAUUCCAGCGGUUGGCGACUUGUGCUCACAGAGCGCAACAACGCCGGUCAUGGGGCCGCCGCUACUCGUACGAUCACGGUCGAGGACUUCCUCAUCAAUGUCGCCACCAAGAAUCUUGAGGACAAGGUGGCUGCUGCUGGUAUGAUUAACUCUCCGCGGAUGGCCAGAAGGGGAGACACGUAUCGGACUCUGUGUAGGAACAACAGGGACGGGCUGUGCCCCAACGGCAGCCGCUGUCCGAAUGAUCACUCUCUUAUCGAGACGAUGCGUAUGCAACGCAUCGCUAGUAACACACACCACAGGGCUGCCAUCGUCUAUGUUUCAAUCAAAUAUGUCAAUCGCGACUCCUGGCAGGUCGUUGCCAAGGUUAGAGCUCGUCAAGGCGAGACAGACCCUUUCAGUGUUCCCACGAUGCUACCCGUCCCUUUAUUUGCUGCGGACCAGAGCCUGGACAGGGCGUUGCGGAAAAUUGAGUCGAAGAUGGCGAGGCGUGAUGCCCUUGCUUUGGGAAGAACCAUUCCUGCUCAGGUUCCCAGCGAAAAUCCGCCGCCAUAUUCUGCUGUUCAAGCGCAAGCUCCCACUGACGAAUAUUAUGGCACAUCGACUGUAUCCUCGAGCAUCUCUGUUGCGACGCAGCAUGCUAGAGUUUCAGUAGUCAUACAGCCAACAGAUACCCCGACUAUGCCGUCACCCGCCUACACAAUGCCAAGCGCGAGUUCGCCUGUGACCAAUUAUCGUGAAUCUCCAUUCCAACGAGAGCGAGAGCCGCUCGUGCACUCGAGCAACUUGUCUACUCGCUUCACGAACUAUGGCACUACAUCGCAGCAGCAAGCCGUGGGCGAACAUGUGUCAGAAUUCUUCGGUUACCUUGUAUGCUUUGCAUCUCUUGCAGCGAUUAUGGGCUUCUUCAUAUGGGCCAUCUACAACUACGGUGUAUGGAUCGUGUUAGGAUGUGUCCUUGCUGUUCAAAUGCUUGCAUCAGCUAUCGUCGAAUACGGCUUCAAGGAGACCGUGGCGUUCUUGCUUGUAUUCGGCUCCUUCGCAUGGGCCCUUUACAACAUGGAGUUUACAGGAUCGCUGUCUGUUUAGUCGUACUUCAGAUCUUUAGUACCUGCUUCUUGACGUUCACACUGGGGAUAGCAAAGAUCGUGUAUGCGUAUUGUACAAUAUCAUGGUGAUCGGUUGAAUGAGCUGUGUAACACGAUUUAUAGAUAUAUCCAAUUCCGAGUUUGCAGGGGUUCGCUGUGGUGUUUAGAUUUACCUUGGGACUGCAAAGGUUUUAGUACCCACCCGCACGCGCUAAUCGGAUGAUAAUUGAUUGUGACGAGGAGCAUCCCUU